AUGUCUUACCUCUGUCUUUAUCUUAUUCACGACUAUCAGGAUCAUGAUAAGAUGUUCUUCUGUGAAGAAGAUCAAAACUUCAUCAGGCAAGCCCCUUGGCUGGUCUUCAACGCGAACCUCUACUUCAUUCCAUCUCUAUGGCUGAUCCCUAGUUUCCACACCGAACUCAACAAGCUAUUCCCACAGAAAGAUACCGUCUUCCACCAUUUGAGUCGGUACCUUUUUCACCCCACAAACCAAGUUUGGGGAAUGGUCACUAGAUCCUACAAUGCUUACUUAUCAAGAGCAGACGAGACACUCGGGAUUCAAGUUCGAGUCCUUAGCAAGCCCGCUGGAUAUUUCCAGCACGUCAUGGACCAGAUCCUAGCUUGUACCCAAAGAGAGAAACUAUUACCUGAAGUGGCUACACCACAAUCCCCAAAAGUCACUAACAUAUCAAGAAGCCUCAAACUCAAAGCUGUUCUUGUGACAUCUCUUUACCCAGAGUACUCGGAGAAACUAAGGACCAUGUACUGGGAAAGCCCGAGUUCGACAGAAGAGAUGUUACAAGUUUACCAACCAAGUCAAGAAAUGUAUCAGCAAACAGACAAGAGGCUUCACGACCAAAAGGCACUCGCUGAGAUGUACCUCUUGAGCCUAACUGAUAAACUUGUCACUAGCGACUCGUCUACCUUCGGAUACGUUGCUCAAGGUCUUGGAGGGUUGAAGCCAUGGAUACUAUACAAGCCAAAGAACCACACAGCUCCUAACCCACCAUGUGUUAGGGCCAUGUCGAUGGAGCCAUGUUUCCUCAGAGCUCCACUCUAUGGUUGUCAAGCUAAGACAGUGAAUAUCACUCCUUUUGUUAGGCGUUGUGAGGAUCGUCUCACGGGGCUUAAGCUAGUUGAUUCCGCAGAUGAAUUUUUAUUGGAAGAUAAUAUCUCGUUUGGGAUCUCCGGUAUGAUAAAGCUCACGAUAACAAUCCCCACUUCCUUAGCAAUCUGCUCGGUGCUACUACUAUCUUCCUCCAACAUCUUCAACCGCCAUAAGUCUCAUCUUACAACCACCGGUUCAACUGAUUCUAAGAAGCUGAGGGAGAAACUUCCAGGAGGGCUUCUUGCUGCAGAGUUUGAUGAGGAAUCUUGCUUGAGUAGGUAUCAUCAGUCGUCUUUGCGCAAGCCUCCACCAUACAAACCAUCUGGAUCUCUUGUCUCUAAGCUUAGAAGCUACGAGAUGCUUCACAAGCGUUGCGGUCCAGGCACAGAUGCUUACAAGAGAGCUACAGAGCAGCUUCGUCACAACGAUCAUAUAACAAGCUCUGGUGCUGAAUGCCAAUACGUAGUCUGGACACCUAUGUUUGGUCUGGGAAACAGAAUUCUCUCUAUGGUCUCUGCCUUCCUCUAUGCUCUCUUGACAGAGAGAGUUUUGCUUCUUGACCCUAGAAACGACAUAACCGACCUCUUCUGCGAGCCUUUUCCUGGUACUUCCUGGUUACUCCCUCUGCAUUCUCCACUAACGGAUCAGAUAGAUAGCUUCAACAGAGAACACUCGCAUUGUUACGGGACAAUGUUGAACAAUCAUGCCAUCAACUCAACCACAACACCGUCGCAUCUCUACAUUGACAUAUUCCAUGACUCCAGAGAUCAUGAUAAGUUGUUCUUCUGUGAAAAGGAGCAAGCUUUCCUCAAGAACGUCCCUUGGCUAGUCGUAAAAUCAAACCUUUACUAUCUUCCAGCUCUGUGGUUGGUCCCUAGCUUCCAAACCGAACUCAUCAAGCUCUUCCCACAGAAAGAUACAGUCUUCCACCAUCUGAGUCAGUAUCUUCUUCACCCAACAAACCAAGUUUGGGGCAUGGUCACGAGAUCAUACAACGCUUACUUAGCCAGAGCAGACGAGAGACUCGGCAUUCAAGUUCGAGUCUUUAGCACGCCAGCUGGUUAUUUCCAGCACGUCAUGGACCAGAUCGUAUCCUGCACACAGAGAGAGAAACUUUUGCCUGAACUAGCUACAAUAGAAUCACAAUUGGUUAACACAUCGGAAAUCCAGAAACUUAAAGCUGUUUUGGUCACGUCUCUGUUUCCUGAAUACUCUAAUGAGCUAAGCAACAUGUUUUGGGAACGAGCAACUUCAACAGGAGAGAUCAUUAAAGUUUAUCAGCCAAGUGGAGAAAAGAUUCAACAGUCAGAGAAGAAGCCUCAUGACCAAAAGGCCUUAGCCGAGAUCUAUCUACUGAGUUUAACUGAUAAGCUUGUAACAAGCACAAGGUCUACCUUUGGAUAUGUAGCUCAGGGUUUAGGAGGAUUAAAGCCAUGGAUACUUUACGAGCCAAGGAACAGCACAGUUCCAGACCCACCGUGUGUUAGGGCAAUGUCGAUGGAGCCUUGUUCUUUGAAAGCUCCACUCUCUCCUUGUCAAGCCCAGACGAUAAAAAUCUCACCUUUCGUUAGGUAUUGUGAGGAUCGAGUCACUGGGAUUAAGCUAGUAGAUGAUGAUUGA